AUGGUCGCACACAGUAUGUUCGUGCAAUGGUGGUCAUCUCUGGGGGAAGCAGGCCAAUCUGAGUGUGGCGAGGUGAUGAUUGAUUUCGCAACUCUGAGAGUGCGUCGCCAGGGUUGGUUCUACGAAAAAGGUUUUUGCUCCCUCUCGCUUCUUGCUCAUAUCGCCACAUCAUGUCCGAAGCUGAAGGCUCUGCAUGUGGGGAACGAGAUCGUGCCGAUGGACUGGGAGAGGGAGGAAGGCCAUCCCGUGACCGAAGCUGGCGUGGACCAUUUUGUGCGUCGCUGCACGCAGCUGCAGCACCUCUCCCUCUACUGCGUCCAUCGAGCCGCCAAGCUGCCGGAAGCCUUUUAUCACCUCACGCACCUACACACCCUCGCUCUCACCGACGGCUCCGACCUCGAGGCUCCAGACUUCUUGCGCCUCGCGUCGCUCGCCGCUCUCUCCCUCGACACCAAUCCUUUGGACGAUCCGAUCCCUUGGAGUCUCCUGCAUCUCACGACGCUCACCAGUCUCUUUUGCUGCAACGAAACGCGACUGUUCCUACGGGAGCGGGAGCAGGGAUCCGACGCCUUCUCGUUCGAGCAGCUGCGGUUCCUCAAGGUGCUGGAGUUUGAUUCGGUCAGCCCGCGUGGGCUGAGCAGUGACACUGCCACGUGGGCGAUUCUACCCUCUCUGAAAGACCUGGAGCUGCAUGUGGCUGGGGAGGCAGAGGAGCUGCCGCCAUCCCUCGCAUUCUGUCCCAACCUCCGCACGUUGACGAUUCAAAGCGCUGGCCGCAUGCAGGCACUUCCGGAUGACAUGGGAUGGACCCUGCAGCAGCUGAGGCAUCUGCACAUACAGAAGGCGGAAGAGCUCACGGGUCUACCAGAAUGCACCUCAGUCUGCUCCCUGCCUCCUAGCUUCACGCACCUGACAAGGCUCAAGAAGCUUGAUUUGGGUGGCUGUGGGCAGCUGGAAGGCCUUCCGGAAGAUCUGACAGAGCUGAAGAUGCUUCAUUCCUUGGAUGUGUUGGGGUGUGACAACGUGUUGGAUGAUGAAGGCCACAUCCAAAAUGUAGAUGUGCAUGACAUGUACAUGGUGUUUGUCUCAUGUAGUUAG